AUGGCGUGGUGGAAAAUACAAGGAACCCCUGAUGCUUAUGAAGAUGAGGACGAAGAUGUCGAUCUUGAAUACGGUGAAGAAGAGGAGGAAGAGGAAGAAGAGGAAGAGCCGUCUUACUCAGAUAAAAAACCUGCAGGAACCAAAGUUCUGUUCAGAGAAAGAGAAGAAAUCGCUGACAUGGGACAAAACUUAUAUCGUGAACUUAUUUCUAACACUUCAAAUCAAGGCCAAACAGACCGUAUUCGUCAAAAUUACGAAAAAUCGAAAACACUGUUCGUCGAUCAACAAUUUCCUGCUGAAUCGUCAAGCUUAAUCAAAGAUCCAACGUUGGCAGAUUUCCAUACCCAAAGGCUGUGGAGAAGCUUUGUAUGGAAAAGGGCUGAGGAAAUAUAACUUUUCUGAUAAAUUAUUUAUGAUCCACAAUUUAUCUGACUUUAUUAGAAAAUUCAAAGAAAAAAGCAUAUUUAAGCAGCCAAUAAAAGUUUUCAAUAACAUUGACCCUAACGAUAUCCAGCAAGGCAGCCUAGGAGAUUGCUAUUUCUUAUCAACCCUUUCAGCUAUAGCAGAGUUCCCUAAAAGAAUUGAACAGCUUUUUGACACUCAGGACUACCAACCAUCAGGGUGCUAUACAGUCAAUAUUUGCGAUAUGGGUGUUUGGACUGACUAUGUAGUAGAUGACUAUUUCCCAUGUACAGCUGAUGGAAAAAUUGCAUUUUCUGGGCCUCAUAUUGAAAGUGGGAUAAGUGAAUUGUGGGUGCUACUGCUAGAAAAAGCAUGAGCGAAGAGGUUUGGAAGCUACUGGGCAAUUGAUGCAGGGUUUACUGAAGAUUCGCUUAGAGAUCUGACUGGUGGGCCAUGUGAAACUGUUUUUAACGAAGAUGAAGAGAUGUGGGAUAAAAUUUACAAUGCAAAUAGAGAAGAUUGGAUUAUUACAGCUGCAAGCUCUGGUGAAGAAGGCAAUGGAGACGCUGUUAAUGAAAUGGGUUUGGUCACCCUUCACGCUUAUGCAGUCAUUGAUGCUCAAGAAGUUAGAUCUAAACGAGGUAACGAAACUAUUCUUCAAAUUAGAAAUCCUUGGGGGUCUCAAGAGUGGCAAGGAGACUGGUCAGAUCAAUCAGAUCUCUGGACUCCAGAGCUGAAAAAGAAGCUUGGCUGGUCCAACUCAGACGACGGAACUUUUUGGAUGGCUUUUGAUGACUUUGCAAGGUACUUUUCUAGUGUGACUAUUUGCAGAAUCCACGAUAGCUACCAUUAUGAAGCUUUCCAUCACUCUCAAAAAGAAGGACAAUUCGCAGUAUAUAAAGUAACACUUUCUCAGCCUGGCCAAACCUAUUUUAUUACUACCCAAAUGGAUUCCAGAAGAUUUGCAGAAGAGGAUGGAUAUGAAUAUUCCCCUGUAAGGAUUAUUGUUGGAAAAGUAAAUCCUAGCUUUCUUAUAUGCAUUAUUUUUAUUUUAAUUAUUUUCUUUUAAUAAAUGCAGACUGUAUUUUUUUAUAAUUUUAUAAUAAAUACGAGAGUAAGAAGCCAGGGAAUAAAGGAUGCAAGCUUCAGUAUAUCAGUGGACUUGCCAAUGCAUAUCAAAGAGAUGUAUGGAGUGUAGCUGAUCUUGAAGCAGGAACUUAUCUUGUUUAUGUUGAAAUAGACUGGUUGAAUGAGCUCACAGAUCAAUAUGGGUUUUCUGUUUACUCUGCUUCUCCAAUCAAGCUUGAAGAUGUCACAUUCCAAGAAAAAAACUUUCUUCAAGACAUUUAUAGUGGGUUUAGAAAAUUAAAGAAAAUAAUAUAUGUAAUAAAAUGAACUAAAAAUGAAAUAAAUUAUUUUAUACUUACAAUCUAGCAAAGCAAGACUCUCAGCCACGAUCUAUUGGUGAAGGCAUCUCCUUCUAUACCUCUACUCACUAUGGAGCCAAAGAUGACGGGAAAUUCAUGGAAGGUUUCUUAUUUGACUGCAUCAGAAAUAAAUCCAGAAACACCAUUAUUGAGCUCGAAAUUAUGCAUAAGUCCUUCGACAACAUGGAACUAUUAGCCCCAUUUGAAGGAGGCGACUCAUACAAAGUCAAAUUAAAUUAAAUUUGUGUUGAUUAAAGUCAGCCGAAUUUUUCCGCCUCUGCAAGCUCAUCAGCCUUUAAGCUACCUGCUUACACUGACUGCCUAUCAUUGGCUUCGUCGUACCUGAUAUGCUCCCGGGGUGUUAAUUAGCUAUGGGAAUGGGAUCUUGGGCCGUAACCCCCAAUUUCAUACUGAGUACCUGCUGUCUUCAAGUCCCUAAUUCGAGUAAAGAUGGGACCUAGUCUUGGGGACAUUCGCCUUCAACUCCAUGCUAUGAGGAAAAAUCCCAUAUCCCAUGUAUCACACCUGUGGCACUGCACGAGAAACCACUGCCCGAAGAUUUUAAAGAUGCCUACCUUUUACUUGACUUGUUUCCUCUUCUGGACAUUGCCUGCAGGUGUUGAGGAAAUUGCAUUAAAAGAUCGGAAGGUCCCCUCCACCAUUUAAUAUAUAUACAAAGUCAAAUUGAAGCCAGGCGAAAAGGCAGUCGUAGUGAAGAAACAAAUCAGCUUGGUAGAAGAAACCAGCGUCGUUAUAAGCAUGAGGAAGAAAAUAAUUCCAAUUUAA